UGCACUGAACAAUUGCUAAACUGAUAGCUCCAUCAAUGCCUUGGCCGGCCUGGCCCGGAUCCUUCGCUUGGCUCUUGCUCGUUUUUGCCUUUGACGAUGCGGAAGCUUCGACAAGCUGCCUCGACUUGCGAAGAGACUACAGGGACAAUGGCUUCACCGUGGCCAGAGGACCUCAGAAGGACUAGCUCGCCAUGCUUUGACAGCUGCCUGGGGUCCUGAGGGCGUCAUGGCAGCCCUGCAAGUAGGGCGCUAUGGAUUGAACGAAGGUGACGUGGAGCCACACGUGGAUCGAUUGGAGUCAGUGCCUGAAGGAGUGCAUGAGAUGCACCGCUUUGAUUUGGUGCACAACGGCCACGUGCUCCACGCCAUCCGCGGUCUGUGGCCGACGAUCAUGUCCGCCUCGGUGGCGGCCGCGUGCGUCUUGGGCCUGCUAGAGGAGACCAGCGUGCUCUCCAAGGUGAAGUUGCCGUUCUCCUCAGCAUCUGGCCUACGUCUCAAUGCUCAUCUUAAGCUGGCACCAAAAGUUCCGGGUGCCUCGCAACAGCAGGUCUCCUUCCACCGGGACUGGCACUUUUGGAAGACCCGCUUCCACGACCGGCCGAAGGACCGAGCGCGCUUCAUGGAUGCGUCGGUGACCACCUGGAUCCCCUUGGUGGAUGUGGAUCGGGUCACCGGAGCGAUGGCCUAUCUGCCUCAAAAGCUGCCACACGUGGUGAUGAAGGCGCAGGCGGGCGAUGUGAUGCUGCACAACAUGUCCGCGGUGCAUUUCACCGUUCCCAUGGACAACGCCUCGGAGCACGUCCGUUGGCACGUGGAGCUGCGCUUUCACCACGCGCGCAUCGCCGAUGAGAUACACAUCGACGAUCCGCUGCACGAGGUCAUGAUGGGUCCGAAGAUCGAUGGCAUCGACGUGGCCGGGGCCUAUGCCUUGGCGCUGGAGCGGCAGCUGAAAGCCGCCAAGACGAUACGUCAGAGAUUCAACAGCGACACCGUGAGAAGUAGUUUGCUGGGAAGCAAAUGGACCGCGCCCUUUCCCUUGCCACGGGUCGGCUUGGGCACUGGUCGCAUUUGGCCUCAUGAGGCCAUUGCCCCAGCCUUGGUCUCCUUUGGUCUGCUGGGUGGCCGGCAUUUCGAUGCUGCAGAUAGCUAUACCAGCCAGCAGCUCAUGGCCUUGGCUCUCCGAAACACAGGUAUUCCACCCAAAGAUUUGGUGGUGACGACGAAGAUCAAACCCAUGGGUUUCCAAGCAUCCUUGGAGGCUGCACGCAAAGCACUGCUAGAAUUGGAUGGAGUGGCACAAGUGGUCAUUCUGCUGCAUCUGCCGGGCUCCACGCCUGAAGGGAAACCCUUCGCCAAGACAGUGCCGGAGAGCUGUCAGAUCCCGGGGCAAAUCCAUAGCUGGAGGAAGUGCCGACUGGACUCCUACUUGGCCUUAGCUCUUUUGAGAGCCUCAGGUGUUGUGAGUGGGAUUGGUGUGUCCAAUUUCCUGAAGCGCCACCUAGAGGAGUUACGUUUGGACUUGAAGGAGGUUUCUUUGCCCUACAAGAAGUGGCCACCGGACGUGCUGCAACACGAGGUCCAUCCCUUGCAGCGGGAAGAGCAGCUGCGAAGAUACUGUCGCCUGUGGAACAUCAGCCUGGUGGCUUUUGGAUCUUUGGGCAGCCCAGAGGCUAAAGAGCAGCUGCUGCACCUUCCGCUGGUCCAAGCGCUGGCGGAACGCGAGGGCAUCUCAAAGGCUCAGGUGCUCUUGAAGUGGGCGCUGCAGAAGGGCUUGCACGUGAUCCCAACCACUGCCAAGGUUCAUCACAUGCAAGAGCUCUUGGAGAUGGAAGAGUCCAGGCCACUGAGCAAGGAGUCGCUCGAGGCACUGGAUGCGCUUCCGGAAUGGCCAGGUGGCAUUUACCAUCCCUACUUGGACCGCAUUCAGUGAGCUCGCUGCGGCUGGGAAAGGCUGAGCUCGCUGCGCCCGUUCACUCGUGCAGUUGGGGG